GAUCUAGAGUUCGGAACUGCAGGUCAAGAGUCCCAGUGACAACAUGCCUGAGCCUGCGAAGUCCGCUCCCGCCCCGAAGAAGGGCUCCAAGAAGGCCGUGACCAAGGCGCAGAAGAAGGACGGCAAAAAGCGCAAGCGCAGCCGCAAGGAGAGCUACUCGGUGUACGUGUACAAGGUGCUGAAGCAAGUACACCCGGACACGGGCAUCUCUUCCAAGGCCAUGGGCAUCAUGAACUCGUUCGUGAACGACAUCUUCGAGCGCAUCGCGGGCGAGGCGUCGCGCCUGGCGCAUUACAACAAGCGCUCGACCAUCACGUCCCGGGAGAUCCAGACGGCCGUGCGCCUGCUGCUUCCCGGGGAGUUGGCCAAGCACGCGGUGUCCGAGGGCACCAAGGCGGUCACCAAGUACACCAGCUCCAAUUCUUCAAGACAAAGUUUCUCUGUGUAGCCCUGGCUCAAACUGCUUUCUGGAGAACUCUGACAUGACCUUGCAGGCUCUCGACACCUAACUGAUACUGUAAUUGUGUUUUCAAAAGGCUAUUCCAAACUAGCUCCUUUAGGGUCAUGGAAAACUUGGUAAGACCAGUUGGUUCCAUGAGUGUGGGCCCACUGUUUCACUUCUCCGGCCUUGCUUCUUGGUCAGAAACAAUGCUGUGUAGACCAUCAUGAUAGUGUGUAAGGCAUUCUAUAGGUCAGUGGAUGGAGGUUUGGGCAAAUGCCUUACAUGAGGGAAAGGCAAAUCCAUAACUAGAAUAAAUACCUAGUCCAAUAAAGACAAACUACUGUCGUUUGCCUGGAGAAUGUGGUACAAUGCAGUCAACCUGCCACCAGCUCUCUGAUGGUCAUCCUUUGUAUCAGUACUGUAUCAACAACUGGUCAGGUCAGCCUUGUUGUGUGGGAGUACAGGUUUUGAAGCCAUAUGUAACCUCCAUCUCUGCCACCAUAGCACUUUUUUUAUAAGUCCAGGAUGCUCUAGCACUAGUUUUCUGCAGAUGAUGGCAGAGCCUUGCUCCAAAAUCCCAAGGGUGUCCUCUGUGAUUAACACCACAAGGGACUGCCAAAGGUUCCAAACAGUGUCCAUAUGUGUCCCUGACACCUCCAGAACCACUGGGUAUGCUGGAUCAUACGGCCCAAAUGCUAGAGCAGCCAGGACAGCAGCCAAGAUCUGUUGAAGAGACUUCUCCUAUGCCAGAUCCCACUGAGGGAUAGCAGCUUUCCCAAUCACUUAAUAUGUAGGCUGGAGUAACAUACCCAAAUGAAAAGAGUGUGCUGUCUCCAGAAUCCAAAUCAGGCAGUAACUGUUGUGCUUUCUGCAUGCCCCAUAUCACCAAUUCCUAGAAAUUUCACUGAGGUAGAAGGAAGGCCUGUGGAUUUUGAGUUUUAUCUCCUAUCCUUUCACAUGCAUAUGUAUUCCUAACAAAUCCUCCUAUGCACUUAGUCCAGUCAGCAGAACACCAUCUACCAUUAUGAUUUUGUGGAAGAGACAGACGAUCAAGAUCCUUUCUAACUAAAUUACAACACAGGCUGGAAAGUUAAUACAGCUUGGGGGAAGUCUAUAUAGGCCUUCUGCUGGCCUUGCCAACCAAAAGCAAAUUGCUUCUGGUGGUCCUUGUGGAGAGGUACAAGAAAAGGGAAUUUUCUAGAACAAUAGCUGCAUGUCACUUACCAGGAGAUGUGCUGACCUACUGAAGUAAGGAUAUAGCAUCUGGUAUAGCAGCUGCAAUCGGAGUCACUAUUCGAUUAAGUGUGUGAUUAGUCAACUGUCAUUUCUUCAGGAUCCACCUGUCUUCUGCACAAGACAGAUAGAGUUAAAGACAGAUAUGCUGGAAACCACCACCCCUACAUUUUUCAAGUUCUUGAUGUAGGCACUAACUUCUUUAAUCCUUCCAGGGAUGCAAUAUUGGUUUUUGAGGUGCUGUUUUCCUUGGUAAAGGCAACUCCAAUGGCUUCUACUUAACCUUUCCAACCACAAUAGCUUUCACUCUAAAAGUUAUGGACCCACUGUCAAGAUUCUGCCAACUUCUAAGCACAUAUAUAUAUAUAUAUAUAUAUAUAUAUAUAUAUAUAUAUAUAUAUAGAGAGAGAGAGAGAGAGAGAGAGAGAGAAAUGAUUGAGGAUGAGUAAGUUGGACUUCAGCCAAAGCUCCAUUAACCAUUUGGCCUCUCUAAGUCCCUGCUGUAACUGAAGGAGUACAUGCUUCAUGUCGAUUCAGAACCAGUAUUAAAUAGCUCCUAGAAAGUUCAGUUGUUUCUUUCCCCAAUAUACAGUUACACUAAUAUAGGGACAUAGAUUCCCUGUGAGGAAGAAUGAGGGAAAAGCUAACAGUAAAAUGUUUAUUAAAUAUUUUAGCAAGGUCCCAUUUUAGCACAGGGCCUGGCCUUUUCUUUCAUUCUGGGAAUCCUGGGUCUGCAAACUUCAGAGAACCAGAGUUUAUUUCCAUAAAGACAAAAGGUAUAAAGGUUUGGCCAAUCCUCUUGGAAUGUUAAAAGCUCAGGCAAAAUGGUGGAUAGAUUUUCCUCUUGUUGGAAACCUGAGACUUGUUGAAAACUAUCGACAAACCACUGCCUGUGAAGACAGAGCCACUAUUUCCCAAUGCAGCCUGUGCUACCAGGUUGUGUUGUAAAGUAAAUAAACACAAAAAAUAUUCCCUUGUGGGGUGGGUAUGUAAUUGUAUUUCAAAACUACUUUGAAAACCCUCACAAACCCUCCAGCUACUGGGAGUGUGGUUCGAACCCACAAAGGCCAUUGAAUCUUAAGUCCAAUGCCUUAAUCACUUGACCGUCCCAGUCCUGUUGAUUACUCUCCUAAGAUCAUUCUAUAUUCAAAUGCAUAAACCUACGCUGAACUAUUAAAGAUUUCUUGAAAUAUGGUGA